GCCAUUGGCAUUAGUGACUAGUCUAUCGACAACGAAGCUUCUAUUCAGUUAUACCUAUGUCUAUCUUUUGCGAGCAUUGUACCUCUUAUCAAUAUCAUUUAUUACCGCACAUUAUUCUGUGAUGCUCGUGUUAAAAUUUUGUCUAAGCAAAAUAGACGCCAUUUUCCAUUGUUAUAAAAAUCCUCAUAUUUAUUACUAAAGUUUACUCAAAAUUUAAAUUUUUUACGUGGCAAUUUUUUUUUUAUUGAUUACUAAUAAACUAAUAUAAUUUUAUAAAAUUUUUUAUUAUUAUUUCGAGUGAUAGUAUAGUGAAAAAUAUAUUUUGAACGAAAAAUGGCGCCGGGAAAGUCAAAAAACGUUAAAGCGAAGAGCAAAAAUCAAACAGCGAAUAAAAAAUUAUCAGUUAAGACAGCUAAUAAUAAAAAAGUUGAAGAAAAAGAAUGUUGCUGUGGAACAGCUGCUGAGGAUUUAAGCUCUACAGAUUCUAGUAGCAAUUACUCAUUUACUGGGUCUUCAUCAGAUAAUACUUCAACUGAUUCCACUAAAAGUUCAUCCGAAAUUUCAACAGAAACUAGCAGUUAUGAUGAUUCAGAAACUACUAGCUCAUCAGAUGAUACUACUGACUCUGAUAGUGAUAGUGAUACGGAUGAUGAUGAUGAUACCGAGUCCGAUGAUUCAGAAGCAUGGAAAUGUAACUGCUCAAAUCGAAAACGUGGUGGAAAAAAAAUAGCCGCAGCACGAGCUGCCGCCAUUGCUGCUAAGGGUAAACGUCAUAAAAAAAAAUCACAUCGCAAAGAAUAUUCAACUGAUGACUCAUCCAAUGAUUACGAUGCUGAUGAUUGAUGCGGGUUCGAAGAAAACGGCGUAAUUGUUGCUGCCAAAAUUUUGUAAUUUUAAAAUAUUUGCUCGGUCAAAAAAUUAUAUUUCCUGGUGAUUUAUUUA